ACAGAUAAACGGGUAUUGUAAUAUCAGUACAGUAUAAUAUGCAAGAAGGAAUAGUUAACUAUUACAGGUUCGAAAGAACAGAGUUGUACGCCCUUUAAGAUAUGGCUGAAGGUGGUAUGUCUUCAGACAUUGAUUUUCAAGAUGUCCGACGCCCACCAGACAGAGAAGUUCCUACUCGUGGUGUUCUACCAGAGGAGUAUAAAAUACAGACACAUUUUCCGAUCUUGGUAAACGAACUGGCAUGCCGACCCGACGCAAUCAUCGACUCAUUAUAUUCAAAAAACGUCAUAGACAAUGAUGACGUACAAAAGAUCACAAAGGAGGCUAAAAACGGAUCACGAGCCAUGGCUAAGGCGAUACUGAGGACUCUUUUAGGCUGCGGACCCGGCGCCUAUAACAAGUUUAUAUCGUGUCUCCAUGACAACAACUUCACUCAGGCAUUGCUACGCCUUGAACCCACAGCUGGAUCAUUUCUAGAUGAACCAAAACAGCAGUAUAAUGACGUGCGAUGGUUGUGUCAACAGACCUUAGCAAAUGGUCUGGACGUCUCAGUGGUCUAUGGAGAUUUACUAGCCGUGCAUGCUGACGUUCUAGUUUGCAGUAACUAUGGAACGGGAUCGAUGGAAGGAAAAAUCGCGAAAAAGAUCCGAGCACGAGCAGGUCCUGAUUAUUGUCUGUCACUAAGAGAAUUGUAUAAAAAGAAAAGCAGUUUGAAAGAUUGGGGGGUGUAUCAGACCUUUGCAGGAGAUUUGAAGUUCAAAUGUGUUUAUCAAGUAAAAAUACCAUCCUGCCCGUCCGGUGGUAUGCAGUCCUGGCUAUCAAAUCUAGAGGACCUAUAUUCGAAGAUUUUAACACGAGCCGAUAAAGAGAAGCACGUGACUGUCACUCUCCCACUGAUCGGUUCAGAUUUUGCUAGAGGACCAGCUGACCAGUGUGUAGAAGCUGCCAUUGAUGCCCUACAAAACCAUAACGUAAAGAAUUUAUCUGGUGUCAACAUUGUAUCCGAUGACGUAGAACUGUUGUCAAAACUAAGACAAGAUCUCAAAAGUUUAAGGUAUUCAACUGACAGUACGCCUUGUGGUGGACAGAGCAAGAUUGACACCAUUGUAGAGAUUUGUACGUACCUUGGGCGAAAGGUUCCAGAUUUGAUUGACAUGCCUGGCAUUAAGGGGACAAUGAAUGAGAAAAUGGGGGUGGAAUUCUUUAACACAGACACGGAACAAAAUGGAGAAGAAGUAGAAGAUGAACUAACUACAAGUUCAGAAGAAGAUGCUGACGGGGCGUUAUAUAAACAAAACUUACCCAAUGGUAUGGUUAUAACUCUAUAUGAUGAUGACAUCGUUAAUAUAUCAUCUGAUAUUCUGGUCUGUUAUAAAUAUAAUACAACCAAAUAUCAGGGUCGUAUAGAUAAACAUUUAAAACAAGUCGGUGGUAGAGAUUAUAUCCAGUCGCUGAAAUCACUAGAAGAGGGAGAUCUAGAAUCAUGGAAAGUUUACUUCACUCUAGCAGGCAAUCUUCAAUUCCAUCUCGUAUACCAGGCAGUAAUACCAGAAUUAGAUGAAGAGAAUACCGAAGAAUGGUUAUCAAAUCUACAGAUAUUAUACAGUACAAUUUUAACUACAGCUGAUGAUGAAAAACGUGAUUCGAUUACAUUUCCAAUCACUGGUAUAGGACCAGUCGACCAAUGUAUAGAAGCUUUCAUAACCACGUUGAAACACCAUGAAGCCAAGACGAUCAGAACCAUUAAAAUCGUUGCGAAUAAAGAGGCCAUCAUCAAGAAACUCUGUAAAGGUCUUACGAAAGCUGUUGGCACCGCCCCAACUGCUGUUGCCAGGAGAAUUCCAAAAGAAACCCAACAGAAGACCGCAUCCAUAUCUGAAGAUCCUUUCGAUUUUGUUUCUUCAGUUGUAAGUCAGUUCGUAAACACAGAUGUUGUGAAGGGUAUAUACAAUGAAAUUUUUGGGAUACCUGUUUUUAAAAGAGGCAAAGGAGGUCCAAAUGGACAAAAGCGAUAUAAGCCUGCGAUCAAGGAGAAGUCUACAGAAAAUGUGGUGACAAAGAGAAAGAAUACUCUAAAAAGUUACAACAGAAGGAUCCCUAAUGGACUGGUUGUGUUUGUGUACAAUGAAGAUGUUGUUGAUGUCCACGCUGAUAUACUGGUGGUCUGUAAUGACAAGAAAGGAAGCAGUAAGAGGGGUCUAGCUAAGUAUCUUAAAGCAAAGGGUGGGAGACAAUACACCGACUCAUUAGAGACGUUAAUGGAAAUGGAGGGAGAACUGGAGGAUUGGAAACUCUAUUUCACACUUCCUGGAAAUUUGAAAUUUAAAGAAAUUUAUCAAGUAACCUUUCCUCAAAAGACAGAUGGUGGAGGUGCGGCAGCUGUUGCCCUUCCUGCUGUAGAUGAUGAUUAUAGUGACGACGACGACGACGACGACGAUGAGGAUGAUGAUGAGUAUGAGGAUGAUGGUGGUGGUAGUGCUGCUGCUCCUGUUGCUACUGGUGCUGCAUCUGUUGCUGAUGAUGCUGCUGAUGGCGCUGCUGUCGAGAAUAGGGGUAGCGAUGCUGGUGAUGCUGGUGCUGGUUGUGGUGGGGGUGGGGGUGAUCGACUACAGCAGCUUUAUUCUCAGAUAUUGUCCACAGCCGACACAGACAAACAUGAAUCCAUUACGAUUCCUCUUCUUGGUUCAGGAGUAUCUGGUGGCCAGACUGUACAGUGUAUAGAGGCAGCUAUAGGAGCUAUACAAACCCAUCCUGUCACAAAUUUACGUCAUAUUAAUAUUGUCACUAAAGAUGACGGAAGGUAUGACUUGUUACGUGACAAGUUGAAAACUUUACCAACAGAUAACGACAGUUAAUUAUGUCACCGACUAAUCUCAGAAAACAGACAAUCUAUACUAAUAUUUGUGACUGUCGUUUGUCUGUUCAUGGUUAGCGGAUACACUAGGGUUGUCCCGAGGCUGACAUUUGGUGUUAAAAUGACCUACCACUUCCGGUUUCGGAGUUAUGCUACUUCCGGGUCAUGGCAGACACGUGCUAUGCCCGGGUCAACCGCAAGUACUUUUAUAAAUGAAACUUUAUACAUCACUAUUGUCUAAAUUUGUGUAUUCAUUAGUGGUGUGCAUUAUAAUUAGUCACGCUUAUACACAAGCAGCAGUUGAUUAUGUUAUAGCUUUAUUUAACGUCCGCUUCCAUCAAAGUGAGCAAAAUGCUUAAGCUUAUAUACAAAGUCACGCUUCUACACAAGUAGUGACUUCUUUAACAGCUAGUUACGCCCCUGCUAAUUAAUGACUACCAGUGGCGGACUGGUUCUGAAAAUAUUGGUUGCCAGGAGACAAAGGAGGCCCACCCACCAAUACAAUUCUAACAUUUAAUUUUUAAUAACCCCGUAAUAGAAUUGAAGAUAUAAUAUAACUUUUAUAAUAUUUUCAUGCUAAUAAUUUUUAUAUAUUUUUUGAUAAUUUAUGUUUUAAAUAUAUUGUCUAAUAUCUAAGGCGGCCCAAUUUCUCAGAGACCCACUUGCCAUUGGACAAGCUGACAACCUGGCCAGUCCGACAUUGAUGACCACUGUAUAAUUUCUAACCACUUGUACUAUACAUACUAAACAUAAGUUUAUAAUAAUGGCAACAAAUUUCAUUAGUAAAUGGCCUAGGUUCGUUAGUCAUUGGUAUCAGGGUUCUGUUUCUCGAAAUCUUAACUGAAGAUAAAAUCCAAAUUUUAGUAGAUACUUCAAUUUUGAUUGGCUAAGCACUAAAAUCAAUCUAAUAUUAUCCAAUCAAAUUACUAAAAUUUCGAUUUUAUCUUAGUUAAAAUUUCGUGGAACAGGUCCAGGUUAACAGUAUCUCAGGAAAAUGGCCAUAUUUAAUAAAUCUCAAAAGCUUGUCUCAGGUUACCUAGUCACUGACUAAUCCCAGAAAACAAUGUGAAGCAUAACCGAUCCAAUAUGGAAGCUAAACCACAAACUUACCAAAUGUGACAUCAAUAUCACUGUGACUUCAAAUACUUAUUUAUGGCAACUGUCCAUGAAUAUAUUACCAAAGAUAGUAUUUAUUUUUUUAUCGGUGGCCAAAACUUAUUUCAGAUUUUAGUUCAGUACGGUACACAGGCCCGUAGCCAGCGGGGGGCAAGGGGGGGGGGGGGGACAAUGCCCCCUGAAAAAAUGUUUUGCCCCCCCCCCACCCGAAAAAAAUUUUGCCGACUAUAGCUCUAAAAUACCUACUGUAGACUGUGCCGGGUGCCCCCCCCCCCCCCUAAAAACCUCACUGCCCCUCCACAGCCAACAAGCUGGCUACGGGCCUGAUGGUACCUCAUAUGUGUUCAUAAUACACGGAAUCCAUACGGGAUCCACUGUCAUUGUUCAAUAACUGUACAAUGCUCUUUUUCAUCCGGAAUUACUAAGCCACUCCAAAAAAUCAAUUUUAUUAUUAAUCCACAAAUCAUCCGCAACGUGUUCAAAUUAUCAGAGUGAUGUCCCUUGUCAUAGCAAUUAUCAGAGUGGCGUCCCUUGCCAUAUCAAUUGUCAUUGUGACGUCCCUUGUCAUAUCAAUGAGUCCCAUGCAAUGACGUCAUUGGUCCCAAAUUUUUUUGUUGGCACCCAGGAGAAAACUUUGCAGAAAGCCUACGUUAAUCGUUUCCUGCAGCGUUUUUCUCAUAUAGCUUAUAGUUCAAUUAUUAUUUGUACAGCAUAAUUGAUAAGAAUUUGUACGAUACUUUCGUUUGUUGACGUCCAGGAGAAACCUUUGCAGUAGGCCUAGGUUAAUUGUUUUUGUUUCCUGCAGCGAAAUUUGCUCUGAAAGCCUAUUAUAGUUGUACAGAACCAUUUAUAAGAAUUUUUUAUUUUUUUUUUAUUUUGUUGUUGUUGAAAUCCAGGAGAAAACUUUGCAGCAUGUUAAUUCAAUCUGGUUAAAACCAGAGCUAAAUCGUCCUAUUGUAGGUCCUUUUUUUUGGCUUCAAAUGUUAUAUAAAUUAUUAAUUAGACAUUUAAUAACAUGACAAGCUCAUAAUUAAAUCUCGAUGCCAUCGGAUGGUCGUGUAUUUUAAUGGACUGCCAUUUAAUAAUUUAAUUUAAAAAUGGAUAAUCGAGACAUUUUUAUUGUCAUAAUAAUGGUAGCAAUGAAAUCGAGACUACGCAAUUCUUAUCAAAACUACAAACAUCCAUAACUUCGUUCAGAAUAAAGUAAUUUGACUGAAAUUUUCAUUUUUCAUUAUCAAUUUUUAAACUAUUUUAACAGGGCCUGUCAGCUCUUUAUCUAUAUCUUAAAUAAUGCAUUUUUAAGUCUAUUCGGAUAUCGGAGAAUUCCCAUUAUAUUACAUUUUAUCCAUGUUUUUUUACAAUUAAUACGCAUUUUUUUCGUGCAUUUUAUAUAACAGGUAUUUUGUAUGAAUUAUUGUUAGCUUGUAUUAAAAUUGUAAAAUAUC